AUGAAGCCAAGUACUGCUAUUACCAUUCUUAAAAACACCAGCGUCGAUUUUUUCAAGUUCAGUAGCCCAUACGCAAUCUUGAUGGGCCAUUAUCUCGAACGCCACCCACGCAAGUUUGUCCUGACUGUGGGCUUGUUAACACUUGCGUACAAGAUCAGCAAAGCUGUUGUGGUCCCUCCUCGUUUAUGGCAUCUUCCACGCGUCAGCAGCAUUGCUUGGUUCUGGAGCAUCAUCAAGGGCGAGAGUGUCGAUGUGCGAUCCGAGCGACUGUUGAUGUCUUUGAUGGACGAGCAUGGCCUAUGUUUAAAGUAUCAAAUGGGUCGAUGGACCGUUACUGUGGGAGAUCCUACCCUACUGCAGGAAGUACUUAAAGACGUUCGAACAUUUCCAAAGCAAGUGAAUGCAUCGCUCGAUCCUGAUUUGAUUUUGACGAACCCUGAACCAAACAUGGGCAAUUCUGGCUAUAUUGGGUGGCGACGACAGCGACGUGUGGCUAAUCCUGUAUUUCAUCGUGCGAUGCCUGUUCAAGUAUUUGGCAACAUUGUCUCAACCAUGUUUGCGGCCAUUGAUGCUGAAAAGACGGCUGAUAUCGAUUUUGCCGAUUAUAUGCGGAGAUACGCACUGGAUUGCUUGGGACUUGGCGUUUUUAACUUUGAUAUGGGUGCAGUUCGUGAUCCUGAAUCGCCUUAUGCAGUCUUGUAUAAGCAUGCUUUCAGUAUCGUGAGAGACCCGCUGGUUUAUCUCUUCCCAGCAUAUACUGCUGUUCCAUCCCGCUGGAUUCCGUAUCGAAAUCGAGCUCGUAUCGCAAAUGAAAAACUACGACGGAUUCUGUAUGAUAUUAUACAAGAGCGUAAAGAUUCUAUACUAGCUAACCCAGAAGAAGUCGAUGAACACAAGGACUUAUUGACGCUCAUGAUUGAAGCAUCGUUAAUAACGGGAGAACACGGUGAUAAUGACCGUUUCCUUACCAAUGGCGAGCUGGUGGCCAAUCUUGCCGUAUUCUUUGUUGCUGGACACGAGACGACUGCAAGCGCCACAGCUAGCACCAUGUACUAUCUAGCAGAGCAUCCGGAUAUGCAGGAACGCGCACGACAGGAAGUGAUUUCUGUUCUUGGUGACGCAUAUCAAGAUAUCCUGCCAACCGCUGACCAAUUGCGCCAGAUGCCCUUUUUGAACAAUUGUAUCAAAGAGACGAUGCGCAUCAACCCGCCUACCAGUGGCAAUUUACCGCGUAUCGCUGCCUGUGACACCCACAUUGGCCACCAUUUCAUUCCCGAGGGCACACCGAUUGCCAUGGAACUGUACUGCGCGCAUCAUCUAAACAAGUACUGGCCGAAUCCCAACGAGUUCAACCCAGAUCGAUUUAGCGGCAAACACGGCGAUGGUGGUAUCGACACUGACAGCAACGUCAACAACAACAAUUUAUACAUUCCCUUUGGUUAUGGCCCUCGUGCGUGCAUCGGGAUGAAUUUCAGUUUGGCAGAACAGCGAGUGGUACAGGCAAUGAUGCUUCGCAAGUAUACGUGGGAGUUGGUGCCCUUGAGUGAGCAUCGAGAUGGACUCAAGAACGCAAAGAGUGGUGGUAUUGGCUUAUUGGGACCCGACAGAUUGCAACUUCGACUGAUGAAACGAUAUUAA